UUGCUAGUUAUCUAUGGCAGAGCAGAGAAUAAAUUAAAGCAACUACGGAAAAUUAAGGUGUCUGUUUAUCAAAGUUAUGCUUGUGCACGGCUGUAGAUACAACAGCCGAGGAAGGUGACUGGUGUUAUCCGUCGCUUUAAAGAAAUUCUUCGGUUUGAAAAAGAAUCCUCAUAAUUGUUUGUGAUUGAAAUUCGAAUCAAUAAAUAAGUGUUGUUUAUUGUUGCCGUACUAAGUAAUGGAGAAAGAAGCAAACGAACGACAUACGUCUGAUAUGCUGACUGCUGAGAAGCGUUACAACAUUGCAAAAAUAGAAAAUGAAACAGAUGAAGAUAGUAUUGUUGAUGGUACCUUCAUCUUGCCACGAGAGAUGUGGCUUGAGAUAUUCCACUAUUUAAGCCCAAAAGAUCUCUGCAGGUGUGCCCAGGUUUGCAAAUUAUUCAACUCGAUAGCUUAUAGGCAGGAAUUCUGGAAGGGAUUGUACAUACCAUAUUGGACAAAAGGCCUAUGGGAGUUUAAAGAAGCGCACCGUGAUGUUGAAUCUGGACGGCUUCCAUGUUAUCAUACACAUCCAGCAGAAAGGCAGCUCUGUGAUGAUGAAAUGGAGUUCUAUGUGAUUCAUGGUAUUCUUAACCAUCUUCCAACUAUUGGACAUGGGGUUGUCUUACUUUGCAUGUCAGGUGUCAACUUGACAGAUGAUCUUGUGAGACUAAUGCUGCUAAGCUGCCCUAAUCUUGAGACCUUAGAUCUUAGCUACACUUGUAUUUCAGGAUACUUCGCAUUUAGAGGGCUGCACGAAUACAAAUGCUGUAGACGUCUCAAAUAUUUGAGCUUCUCAGGCUGUAGGAAUCUGGUGGAUGAAUGCAUUGUCAACCUUACGAAGUGCUGGCUAUUUUUAGAGCAAACACAAAGUAAUGACGAUCAUAUUACAGGACUCAUAAGUCUUAGCAUGUCAGGCUGUGAGAGGUUAACAUCAGGCUCUAUAAGUGCAUUACUUAAUGUUCCAAAGUUUCUGCACAACUUAAAACAUCUUGAUUUCAGUGGAUGCUUCAGAUUUUCUUCUGAGAGUCUGUGUGAAGUUGCUAAUGUGUGCCCAAAACUGGAACCAAAAAAUUUAUAUUAUUGUCACAAUGUUUUAAAUGGACCAUUCAUGCUGGAAGCUAAUGGUUGUAAUAACUUGGAAAGUGCAAAGCGUAAAUGCUGUAGUUUUCCAGAGUACUGAACAUUUGUUCCAUGUGGGAAUGUCCUUAUUUUUAUAAAUGUGUUAAAAGAUUGUUGUUAUGAGACUGUUGUACCAGAUAUUUUGAUUUAAUACUUUUCAAGUAUUUAUUAUUUCUUGUUAGGUCACCAUAGCAUCUUUAUAUUUAAGGAAGCAAUGUAACCUUCCUUGUGAGAACUGUACUUAGUAUUUAUUUUUUCUAUGUUUAAGUAAGUGCAACUUGGAAGACUACUUAACAAAUUGUCUGGAGAGCUUAUUCACCAGUAAAGUGUUCGUUUUAAAUGUCUUUUUGUACAUAGUCAUUGUGAAUUUUUUUUAUAGAUGUUAGUGAUCGGUAGUUACCAAGUAGUGGUUUGUGUGUGUGUGUGUGUGUGUGUGUGUGUGUGUGUGUGUGAAAUGUGAAA